UAGUCGCUCCGCUCUCCUCUCUGCUCGGUGACUCUGCGCUGGAUUAACUCGGUCUGUUCUCCAUUAGCUCCCGUUAGCUUCUGUUUUUCUCCGUUACGUUCCUGCUACGUUUCACCGUUAACCGGUGUAAAUACAAACCGACCACCUCUCUGCUGCUGGAUAAAUAACCCGGAGAGCAGGAACAUGUCCACGGCCCUGGAGAGCUACAUCAACCGAACUGUGGCCAUCGUGACGUCAGACGGCAGGAUGAUCGUGGGCACUCUGAAGGGCUUCGAUCAGACCAUCAACCUGAUUCUGGACGAGAGCCACGAGCGAGUGUUCAGCUCGAAUCAGGGCGUGGAGCAGGUGGUGCUGGGCCUCUACAUCGUGAGGGGGGACAACGUGUGAGUCUCCUUUAAUACACACUUUAAUAUGAA